UGUAAUCUAUAAUAGUAGUAAAAAAAGUAAUCAAUAAUAGAAAGAAAGUUUGUAUUUUCGGGAUAAACUGAAAAUAUUGUAAAAAAAAAAAUGAACUAAGUCUAGAAAAUAUUAAAAAAAAAAAGAGACAAUAAAAAAAUAAUUUAUAAAUAAUAUAGAGCAGUAGAAUUGACAAAAACAAUUCAAGAUGACCGCCAGAAGAAAAAUCAGGUGGGAUUAUUGAUCCUCAAGUGUAAGCUAGUUCGCGUGGACUGUUUUCUACGUAGAAUAUACAUGGUAUACGUCAUAAAUUUAUUCUACUAUCUAAGCCUGCGUCUUAUCAAUAUAAAUUUGCAUUACAUAUGUUGUGUAGUACUUUUAUAAACAAUAUUAGACAGAAGCGUAUGUCCCCAUUGAUAGUAUACGCGUUUUAAUUAAAAAAAUUACCAAUUUACGAAAUCAAGCUGUGAUAGUGACACUGAAAUAUCUAAAAGUAAACAAAGUAUGUACUUAAAUACAAAAAUAUUGUAAAUAUUUAUUAUUAUUUAUUGUCAUAAUAACUAUAAGCAUAAACAAACAUGACUGUCAUAUUGAAAGUAUACCGCUUUAAUUACAGCAACAAUGAUUGCAAUGGCCAGUACGAUUAAAAAAAAUUAACCAAGGAUUGUCCAAAGCCAAAUAUGGAACGAAGGAAAAUAGUUUAAAAUAAAUUAUUUAUAAAUAAUUAUAAUAGUAAUAUAAAAUGUCGCUGCCAAGUUUGUUAAAAAAAGCGAGUAGUUACAUUUUGGGCGACAGUAGCUCAAGCAACCCGGGGAUGAUUUACCAGGACGGAGAAGCAUUGUUCUGCAAGAACAACGUGUGUGUCCACCCACCGAGCUUGAUGCGCCAGCACUGCGAAGUGAUUCAUCACCCGGGCUACAUGACUGUCGUGUGCAAGCUAGACAAGAACACCAAUUUGCCGAGCCUCCAGCUGAGCUGGAUCCCCAACAGCACCCUUUGUAAGCACCCGACGACUCUGGAGAACAUCACUGCUAAAAAAAUCCAGGGGAAGAUCACCGAGGAUUCAGCGAGUGUUGAUAAAAUAGACGUGUGUCUGGAAGUUAAGGAGCCGCUGGACUGCAAGGACUGCGAGCGGAUCUGCUCCGGAGGGACGAAUACGACUCAGUUCUCCAAGGAAGAUUCUGCGGAUGGAGAAAAAUCCGCCAAAGAAAGUAAGGCGCUCACUGAGGAGCCUCGUAGUAUUAAUUUAAGUAAUUUAAGGUCCCGCUCGGUUGAUCACGAGUCUCUGAUUGAUGGAUUCAACGGAAUUGAGCCCAAGAGCAUCAGCAGUAUUUCCCUCAAUUCAUGCUGCAGUCUCUCCAACUCGCUGGACAACCAGGAUGUUCCUAACUGGAUGCGCACCCCCGAGCUCCUGGCGCUACAGCACAAUUUGACCUUUCCGGAAAGCACCACCGCGUCCCCGAUUGCGAUGAGGAGAGCGCUACAGUGCAGAAGAUUCUCUGUGGAUUUAAGCCAGAUGAGGAGCUUGAGACUCUUCUUUGCUGAUCCUGCCUGCACCAGUGGACAGCUGGUUGUUGCUAGCAGGGAGAGUCAGUACAAGAUUCUUCAUUUUCAUCAUGGAGGAUUGGACAGGCUUGCGAAUAUUCUUCACCAGUGGCAUCAGCUUGUUUACUCAAAGCCUGAUCAGACUAAUGAUUGCGAAGGGUUGCCUUAUAGACAUUUUAUGGUAUGUCGACCAGAGAUAGCCCGGGAUGAAUUGCACCCAGAAGAAGGACAAGUACCAAUGAUAACUUCAUUAACCUGGAAGGACUUGUUGAACGAACGCGGUCAAGUCGAAGACGAUUUGACUUUGCGUAAAGGAAUAUUCUUCGGUGGACUAGAACCGGCGCUCAGAAAAAUAGUAUGGCCUUUUUUACUUCACUGUUACUCUUACCAAAGUACUUUCGAAGAUCGCGAGCAGAUCGACGAGAUCCGCAGGCAAGAAUAUGCAGAAAUAGAGAAAAUUCGUAGCUCCAUGAACCCUGAGCAGGCCGAAUUGUUCUGGAGAAACGUCGUUUGCAUUAUCGAGAAAGAUGUCGUUCGUACUGACCGUGCGAAUCCCUAUUACGCGGGUGAAAAUAAUCCUAAUAUACAAGUUAUGAAAAAUAUUUUACUCAACUAUGCCGUCUAUAAUGCUCAACUUGGAUACACUCAAGGGAUGUCGGAUUUGCUGGCACCAUUGCUUGCUGAAUUGAAUUCUGAAAUUGACGCUUUUUGGUGCUUUGCUGGUCUUAUGCAGCGGUCUGUCGCUGUUUGUACGCCUACUGAUACUGAUAUGGAUAAAAAUUUGUGUUAUCUUCGCGAAUUGAUCAGGAUUAUUGUGCCUGAUUUUUACGCGCACUUGGAAAAACAUACUGAUGCUCUUGAACUUCUUUUUUGUCAUCGUUGGAUUUUAUUGUGCCUAAAAAGAGAAUUUCCAACGGAGAUGGCUCUAAUAAUGUGGGAAGCAUGCUGGGUUAAUUAUCUAACAGAUUACUUUCACCUAUUCCUCUGCCUGGCGAUAAUCUGUAUCUACGCCGACGACGUAAUAGCCCAAGAUCUACGUACUGACGAAAUGCUGCUCCACUUCAGCUCCCUGGCAAUGUACAUGGACGGAAACGUGAUACUACGCAAAGCCAGGGGAUUACUUUAUCAGUUUCGACAACUGGAUCGGUUACCAUGCACCUUGGCCGGUCUCUGCCGUCAAUGCGGCCCGGGUAUGUGGGACUCGAGUCACGAUCCGGUUAUUGAGUGCGUUGAACAUUCCGAAUCUGGGUGUCCUUAUAUCGAAAAUUAUCAGAAUAAUAAAUAUUAAACUUCUUUAUUAUUAUUAUCAUUAUUAUCAUUAUACUUAUCGGCCAUUUGAACUGACACAUAUCCAUAUCCAUAUUACAGGUAUAACACAAACGCACCGUUCAUUUAUUUUAUAAUUAUUCAAACAAUAAUAAUAAUAUUAUUGUUAUUAAAUUACAAUCAUUAUC